AUGGUAAGAGAUAUCACACGAAACAGUCAUGAAGAGGGAAGAUUCAGAUCGCGAUUACCAAGUCUCGAUGGGGAAUGGAAAGAAAUUAUCAGAGGCUCAGCUGAUUUCUUUGGUCUCAAUUACUAUUCGUCGAGUUUAUUAGAACUUCCUUCGGAGCCCUUAGGUCAGAGCCCUUCAUUUGAACGAGAUCUAAAUGUUGAAGUUAUAGGAGACAGUUCAGUUUGUGAUCCAGCAGGUCUGGAAAGUCUGUUGCAUUGGAUAAAGAAAGAGUACAACAAUAUUCCGAUGAUAGUCACAGAAAAUGGUUGGCGUGAUGAGGGGGAAAUUGAAGAUUACAAUAGAACUUAUUACUUGAAAGGACAUUUACAAGCCGUAUUAAAUGCUGUAAAUUCUGGUUGCAAUGUAUAUAGUUAUACUCAUUGGAGUUUACUUGACAACUUUGAAUGGGUGUUUGGAUAUACGCAAAGUUUAGGACUUUAUGGAGUUGAUAGGACUAGCCCUUUAUUAGAACGAUAUGCAAAAAAGUCUGCACGUUUUUACAAAAAAGUCAUAGAAAAAAGAAUAUCACCAAAUCAAUUUGCUGUAUAA